GCGAUGCUUUGAUUAGAGCCGACACGGCAGUGCCUAGAGUCAACAACUCUCUCACCAAACGACCUCCAGACAUCAAGGGCUCGACCGUUAACUGUUAACGAGCUCUGACCAUUGGCUGGGCUACGCUCUGUCAUGUCCUCAAUUACCCCUUCAGAAUCCUUCUCCGUAACGACUACCCCAGCGGCAACGGCAGCUUCCAGCCAGAAUCCAUUCCCUGGUGCCAGCAACCGCGGUGCAAAUUACUUUUUCGGUUUUCUCAUCACUUUCAUCGCUCUUCUACUGCUUUUUAUCGGAUGUGGAAUCGGCACUCGACGAAGAUUGCAGCGAAAUGGUAGACUGCUAGACUUUAGUCCUUGGGAUGAUUCGUCAGGAGGAGCGGUCAAUUUGAUUGAGCCUCAUUUAAUAGAACCGAGGCUUACGGAUUUGAAAGACGGGGAAUUCAGAAGCUGGGCUUCGAUUCAGCCCUUAUCCUCGAGCAUGAUUCCACCGUCAUCAUCACCGACAGAGCAAAACCCCCAUAACGACGCUAACGAUCAUCAUCAUAACCAUAAUUCGCGACCUGCGGGUUCUUCACCAGCACCAGUACGAAUGCCUUCGUCAAAUCCAACUGCUUACCAUGGUCUCUCGUUACCUGUUUGGCUGCCUGCCCAAAGAGAAAGAGAAAUGGCUUCAAAAGAUGAAGCUGGACCCGACGAAACUGACAAUGGUUGCCUCCCAAAGGGCUUUGAUAUCUUACAAGUUGCGGUUCUAGUCGCUAUGCCUUCACAACACCAACACGAGAAGAAGGCUUUAGAAGACGAUCCCCCGCUCUUGCAGGAGUAUCAAUUCGGAGUUGCGCAGGUUUCAUGGGAUGAAGGGCAUCCGCACGCGCAAGCGCGGUAGCCACCGCUAGGUGUUUUGGUUUUGGACUUGGUUGUAUGUAUUCGAAACUUGUACUUCAGACCAUCAGUAUAUGUAUGCCUGCUGCCUGUUGCUCCUUGACCAUCGUUUAUCAGAACGAAUGUUGUCAACAACUUCACUUUCCCGG